AUGACUGGUAAGAUUGGAAGUAAACUCUGUGUGUUCUAUUCAGCCUUGGGGGGAGGAAAGGCCAGGCAACUGCCCCAUGAGAAUGAGGAGCUGGUGAAAAGGAGAGAGGCAGGGCAGGAGAAUAUCCAUGGAGACACCUAUGGCCUCUCAAACUCCAAAGCCAGGGCUGCCCGACUCCCUCAGAAAGCCUUAGAGGCGAUAGCUGAGGACCGGGACUGUGCAGAGCGCAGGGACGGGAAAAGGGUGCGUCCCUGUCAAGAUGCACCAGAGAGAAAGAAAGAGAGAAGGAAGGCAAAAGCCCGCACCAAUGGAAACAGGGGCCGCUCCACUGCAAAGGCCGAACCCGCCCAACCCCUUUGGAAAGAGAGAGCUCAGAAAUAUUACAGGAAGGGAGAGCUAUUGGGACGGGGCGGGUACGGCUCUGUCUAUUCUGGAAUCAGAAAGUCGGACGGACAACCGGUGGCCCUGAAAUACGUGGAAAAAUUUCGAGGUUAUGAAAUGGAGCUGCCUGGACAGGAAGAGCCCAUCCCCAAAGAGGUGGCCCUCAUGCGAGCAGUUAAUGCAGGCUCUGGCCAUGAGAAUGUCCUGAACCUCUAUGAGUGGUUCGACAGGGACAUGUCCUACGCGAUGGUUCUAGAGCGUGUAGACCCCUGCAAAGACCUUUGGUCUUUUAUUGAAGAUCGCGGCACUGAGCUUAAUGAAGACGAAGCUCGGUGCGUUAUCAAACAGCUGCUGGCCGCUCUCAGGCAUUGUGAGGAGAGAGGCGUGGUCCACCGGGAUGUUAAGCCGGAAAACAUCCUGCUGCGGACUGACACUGGCCAAGUCAAGCUCAUUGACUUUGGAUGCGGUGAUCUCCUAAAGGAGACACCAUAUGAUGAUUUCUCAGGCACUCCGGAAUACCUCCCGCCAGAGUGGUUUGAGGAAAAGACAUUUCUGGCGGGGCCUGGGACAGUUUGGUCGGUGGGAGUAACACUGUUCGGCUUAGUCUGCGGCGACCUCCCCUUCACCACAUUUGACAGGGAGUCAAUGAGCCGUGUGCAAUUUAAGGAGGGCCUUUCACCAGAACUGCGUGAUUUCAUUGGCUGGUGCUUCAUGCCCCGGCCAGAGGACCGGCCAUCACUUGAGGAGCUCCAGUUCCACCCCUGGCUCCACCUGUUCUAA